CAUGUGGAGUGUUAUAGAAGCAGUGGGUGGCGUCUACAAGAUCCCCUGCGACUGCGGUAAAGUCUACAUUGGGGAAACCGGCCGAGACUUCGACACCAGACUCAAGGAACACAAGACCCACCACCGACGCAGCGACUGGGACCGAUCCGCCAUCGUCAAGCACGCACAACAAGAGAAUCACCGCAUAGAAUGGGAAAGGAGCCACCUAAUCACCAACAUCCGGCACUGGAAUACCAGAAGGGUCAGGGAAGCCAUUGAGAUACAUCAACACAACACUGUGCCUCAAGACCCUGGCCUCCACAUCAACAGCAUCUGGCACCCAAUCCUACGUCACCAUCAAACUUCUAACCAAUCCACAAACAACCAGCCGUCCACCGUCACUCCACCGAGCCCUCCUACCCAACACAGCAGUCUGAUUGCAUCACCAACUCAACCAGGAACUCCGCCGACACACACACCACCGCCGCCGACACCUCGCUACAACCUCCGCCGACGACCCAACACCUCAUCCGUACACCAGGCCACCCACUCACUCCCGCCGAAGCUCACCCGACGAGUCCGCCGACCAACACGCACAGAACGCCACCAUUGAUGUACACACCGCCGACUCACACACACGCCGCCGUAACUCACGCCGCCCUCUACUCACCACGUCCGCAUACGACGCCCACUCGUUUCCCGCCAAAACCGCCGACCCACACACAGAGCGCCACCUACGACGUCAACCCGCCGUGACCGCCGGCCCAGAGCUUUCCCCCACGUCCGCACGAACGCCAUAAGUACCGCCGCACGCCGAGCGAACACUCACUCCUGAAGACGGACAGUCAACCUGUCCGAAACGUCGAGUCUCUCUACUACUCAUCAUCUCUACUCGCC